AUGUUGGACCCGUCGCUCCUUGCUAUGUUUGCACCGCUGCCUCCUAACCACCAGUCGGUGUCGAUCUCGAGCAUCUCCACAAAGAAUACGGAUCCCUUAUGGGAAACUCUCAGUACCUCUGAUACGAUGCUCAGCACCGCCGACAGUGCUACAGAUUCAAUGGCAUCGGAGGAGUGGGACAGGAUCCUCAUGCGACCACGCCGUUCUUUGACCCGCGACAUCCGAUCGUGGUACGUGGAGACUCGAGAGAGAGCGCUGGCAAUGCCUGCGAGAACAAACCCCAUUACGGCGGACCAUUAUCAGUCUUCGCCCAUUAGCCGUCUUCCGUACCAGGGGUACGACGAGCGAUACGAAAGCAUGCAUGUCGCGGGCUUCCCUUUGCCAGAGUAUGCACCUGCCAGUGCUAGUCCAAACGACGCUGCAUCCACCGGUAGCUCGCUGGGGAGCGAAGCGAUGGACCACGCUAUAAACCACGCGCUGCUGGCCGUAGGGGGUUCUGUGUCUCACGCGGACUACGUCGAGAACUGGAGGCAGGAGACACAGAGGUGGGCAUUCCGGUGGGAGGACUUUACGGAACCGGAUGAGCCCGACGAGAUGGACUCGCCUGCGGUGGUCGCCACCCCGCUCGACGUCCAAAUGGCAAUCCCCCAAGACACUCCAGGUCUGCCCUUGGAGGGGAACGCGGCGGUCGACGUGGGGCCGGAUUUGCCAACAUUGGCUGGAACUCUCGAGCUCUGCGGAUUGGAGGACGAGACCAGUCGUUCGAUGAUGAACGAGAUCAUGGACACCGCGAUGGCUGAGUGGUCGACGAACAACCUCGACGCGGUCAUCCUCGAUCGCGAGCGAGACUAG